CUCCAAUUGAGUAGUUGUUGAGUUUUAGGGGAAAUCAAAGUCCACACAUCGGGUGGAGGGAGGCACACUUCCCUUGAAACACCAGCUGGAUGGAGCAGCACAGAGAUGGGAAACUGAUGCCCUGGGUAUUAAACAAGCUGCCAGAGCACUGGCUGGAUCUCUCUACAAUCUGUUGCUGUAUUGGCUGAGUGCACACUGUGUCACCCACAACCAAUCUGGGCUGAGGCGAGCUUCCCUUUACUAUGAAGGGAAAAAUCACCAUUACCAUCACUUCCCCUUGGAGCAAGUUGACGGAUGAGAUUCCUGUGCAGAUUUGCUGCUGGUAACAAAUCGGAUCUCUCUUCUCUGGCAGUGCAGUGCCAUUACCAGUCUGGAGUAGAGGAAUCAUUCAUUCAAGAGCUUAAGUAGCGGCUUGCCCUCACACUGGAUAGAUCUCCUGGUGUACACCAACCCCUGGGAAAACAUUGGGGAUAAGAAUGAAGUAGCAGCAACAUAAUGCAGCUUGACUUUUGAGAUGACACCUCCAGCAGUUGCAUCCUCUCCUGACAUCCAGGACUGACACCAACUGCCGUCUCUUGGUUGUAUUUAAGGGGGUGUGUGUUGGAGCAGCUGGAGGAUCACUAAUGGGCUGAAUAACCCUGGACAUUUUUCUGUACUCGUCUUCCUGCUUGACACAUUGCCUUGCAGCUUCUAGCUGAUGACCUGCCAGGUAUACAGGGAUAAAUCAGACACUUGAUGUCACUCUGCCCCUGACUGCAACCACAAGUGAGGAAGAAUUCAUUCAAUUGAGCAGAGCACACCCAGGACUCAGUUCAAGGAAAUGCUAGAAGGCCAGAGGACUGAAAUUUCAAUCCAUUCUGCUCUCAGUUCAUGAAAAUGUAUUUAAGCUGAUGCCAAAGACCCAGAGGCCGUCAGUCUUGUUUUUAAAGAGAACAGUUUUGCCUUUCAGGAGCUAGAAACUAGUGGAUUGUAUGUGCAACCCUUUAUGAAGCAUCAUUUGGUUUCUCCCUAAAGUUAACUGCUCGCUUGUUGCCUUUUUUUGCUCAAUACUUUCCUCUGGUCGUCAUCAUGGGGAGCUCAAUGGGCUGCGUCCGACCUCCUCGUGAAAGGGAGCAAGCUGGGGCCGCCCCACACUCACCAAAGAAGCGUCUGCGUUUCAGACGAAAGCACAAGGGCAUUAAGAACCGAAGAGGGGAAAGGGAGGAAGAAGGCUGUGAGCAACAGCAGGGCUUUGAGCCUGAAAAAGAGGAAGGCGAGAAGGAAAGCACCUCAGAAGCAGAGUUACAUCUUAGCAGCCAAGCUGCAACCUUGAUCACAGUGCCUCAUGCCCAGUUCACUCAUUCCAGUCCCUAUAGCAAUAUUCUGUCUGUCUCUGGGGGGAGCAGUGUGGUGGGGCUCUUCAGUGGCAGAAACCUUGAUGUCUCUCCAAAGCCCAGCCCAGCCUGGAAAGGGAUCUUCUGCCUUCCGGGAGAGGAGGACAGCAUAAGCGCAAUCAUAGAUGUCUCGAGCAUCCCCAGCCAAACCACCAUCACCCCUGUGAAGACGUCCCCCACCCUGGGCAGUACCACUCCAGGUGGAGGCAGGGUCUGUCGAGUUAGGCAGAAAGCGCAGGGGAUUGUUGAGAAGCCCUGGAUACUCAGACCAAGGAGGGAGAAAAGAGACAAAGGGAGGACAAUCAAACAUGAGGGUGAGCAUGGAGGGGAGGGAGGAGGGUGGGAGGAGAUGCCAACAGUAAAAGAGCAUAAAGGUGUGAUUCACAUCCGCCAGGUGGAUGGUGAACUCUGCUUGGUGAGGACAGUUUAUCCCAGUGACUACAGCUCCCCAGUAUGGAUGGGUAAAAGUGAUGGGGAGGUGGAGGUACACAAGGAACCUCCAGCUCCAUCACCCGUCACAGAGAACAUCUUGAAAGUGCAGCUGGCUGACGAGGAUGGAGGUAGAUCUGAAACUUCACUAGUUAGUAACGGAUCUGGGAAAGGGUUCCGCUUUGACGCCCCCGCUUGUGAACGGCACAAGUCGCAACUCUUGGAGUCGGGGUACGCCAGUGAUCUCCCGCCAACGUCCCCAGAAACGGCUGGCACCACCCCCAGUCAGCCAGAUUGGGGGGGGCUAACUAGCAGCUCAUCGGAGAGACUGGACUCCGUGAUGGAGAGUCCUCUGUCGCUACAGCAACCGGCCACUGCAAAACACCCACAACAGAUCUCCGAGAUUUACGUAAGCGGCGAGUCAGCUGACCUCACAGCCAAAGAGAAGCUGUUGCUAUGGAGCCAGCAGGCCACAGACGGCUACCCCGGCCUCCGAUGCGUCAACUUCACCUCAUCCUGGAGCGACGGACGCAUGUUCAACGCUCUGCUGCACAGAUACAGGCCAGACCUGAUCAACAUGGAGGUGGUGUCGCAACAGAGCAACCGAGACAACCUGGAACAGGCCUUCGAAAUCGCUGAGUCGUUGGGCGUGACGAGGCUGCUGGAUGCUGAGGAUGUUGAUGUUCCCUCACCAGACGAGAAGUCGGUCAUCACUUAUGUUUCUUCAAUCUAUGACGCUUUCCCCAAAAUCCCUGAAGGAGGCGAGGGCAUCAGCGCUAAUGAGGUGGACCAGCGCUGGUCGGAGUACCAGUCCAGGUUUUCGUCUCUGCUGCAGUGGAGCCGCCAGCAUACAGCCCUCAUGGCCAACAGGAACUUCCCCCAGAACCCUGCAGAACUUAAAGCACUUUACAAUGAGUACAUCCAGCUAAAGGAAAUGGAAAUCCCAGCAAAGGAGAUUGAGAAGAGUCGCAUCGAGCACCUCUACAAACUGCUGGAGGUGUGGAUAGAAUUUGGUCGUAUUAAGCUUCCUCAGGGCCUCCAUCCCAAUGACCUGGAGGAGGAGUGGGGCAAACUCAUCUUGGAGAUGCUGGAGAGGGAAAAGGCUCUUCGGCCGGCUGUUGACAGGCUGGAGGAGCUGCUUCAGAGAGCCAAUAAGAUCCAGAACAUGGCUCUGGACUGUGAGGAGAAACUCACCCUUGCCAAGAACACACUCCAGGCUGACAUGUCUCGAGCAGAGAUGGGUGAGGCGGUGCAGUGUGAAAGAGAGCUGGCCUGCUACCUGCAGGACUGCGAGGAGCUCAUUGGACACCUCAGCCAGGAACUCAAGGUCCUCAGAGAAGAUAAAUACUAUCAGGUGGAUCAGCUGGCAUUCAGAGCAUCCUGCCUUCAGGAGGAGCUGGUCUCCCUGAGGCUGCAGUGUUCCAGUGUCUACAGAAAGGGCCACUUCUCCCAGAGCACCAGCCAGAGAGCCUCCAACGACAGCCUGUCUCUAGGACAGAUGCUGCUAGGGGCAGUGGGAGCAGCUGGGGGCGCACUUUUGCGAAGACCCAUGACCCGCUCCCAGCUGGUGGCCGUGUCUUCAUCAGAGGACGAAGGAAGCUUGAGGUUCAUCUACGAGCUGCUGGGAUGGGUGGAGGAGACACAGGAGCUCCUGGAUGGUGCUGACUGGGGUGCAGACCUCCCCUCUGUGGAAAAUAACCUUCAAAAGCACAACACCAUCCACACUGCAGUUGAAGAACUGAUGAGCGGCCUGCAAGAAGCUCGCAGCUAUGAGGCUGAAGUCUCUCCAAACUUCAGGAGCAGCUACUCUGAAACCUUGGCUAAACUGGAGCACCAGUACUGCAAACUGCUGGAACAUUCGUCAUGGCGCCUGCAGAGCUUGGAGAGCUUGCAUGCGUUUGUGUCCCACUGCACAGAGGAGCUGAUCUGGCUCAAUGAAAGGGAGGAAGAGGAGAUCGCCUUCGACUGGAGCGACAACAACACCAACAUGAAUGCCAAGAGAGAAAUGUACAAUGAAAUACGGUUGGAGUUGGCUGAAAAGCGAGAUGUGAUGCGGUCUCUUCAGGAAACAGCUGCCCGACUUUGUCAGGACAACCAUCCAGCCAAGCAGACCGUAGAGGCUUACAGUGCAGCACUACAGACACAGUGGCAGUGGGUGGACCAGUUGUGUGUUUGUGUGGAACAACACCUCAAGGACAACACAACAUAUUUUCAGUUCAUGAGUGAUGCUCGAGACUGUGAGUCUUAUCUGCGUCAGCUCCAGGACACCAUCAAGAGGCAAUACACCUGUGACAAGAACAGCAGACUCAGCAAACUGGAAGACCUGCUGCAGGACUCCAUGGAGGAGAAGGAGCAGCUAAUUGAGUACAAGAGCACGCUGGCGAGCCUCGUGGGUCGGGCCAAGACAGUUGUUCAGCUCCGGCCCCGCAGCGCAGAGAGCAUGCUGGGAACCACAAUACCCGUCAGAGCCAUCUGUAAUUACAGGCAAAUCGAGACAAACGUUCAGAUCACAAUAAACCAAGGUGAGGAGUGCGUGCUGGAGGACAACUCCCAGAGGACCAAGUGGAAGGUGAUCAGUCCAACAGGAAAUGAGGCCAUGGUCCCUUCAGUGUGUUUCUCCAUCCCACCCCCAAACCAGGAGGCCAUCGACACGGCCAGCAGGGCAGAGCAGAUGUACCAGAAUGUAAUGUCUCUGUGGCAUCAGCUCCAUGUGAACAUGAAGAGUGUGGUAUCCUGGCACUAUCUGCUCAAAGACAUCAGGACCGUGUCUGAAUGGACACUGGACACAGUUCGCCGUCAGUCUCCUUCAGAGCGGCAGCACAUUCUGGAUCACCUGGAAUCUCAGCUGACCGACUUCCUUUCGGACAGCAAGGAGAGCCCCUUGUUCACAGCGGCCGAAAGACGAGAGCUGGACAGGGACGUCCAGCAGGCGCUGCAGCACUGCCAGGACCUGCUCGUCAACAUGGAGUCUGUGGAGAAGGAUGAGUUGGUGUCUCGGUCGUACCUGUCAGAGCUGCAGGACAUCAACCUUCAUCUAAAUGAGACUGAGCACACACUGAUGAGGGGAAUUGAACCUCUGCCCUCCAGCAGGCUUUCCGGAGGAAUUUCUGACAAGAUUAUUCAAAUUGCAGAACAGGAGAAGUUGCAGUCGGAACUAAACAUCCUGCGCUCCAGUUUGGGUGACUUAUCUCGUCGCUGCGUCCAUUUUUUCGAGGAGAAGCCAACGUCCUCGAGUGUUCCUGUCCUCCGGUCUGAACUCAACCAUGCUCUAGAGCGAAUAGAUAAUCUUCACAACCUUUCAUCAGUCUACUUGGAAAAGCUAAAGACAGUAGAUGUCCUGCUCCGGAGCCUGGAGGAAGCAGAAAGCCAGGUGAGGAAGUAUGAGAGCAGACUAAGUGAGGAAGACACCGUUCCUGCAGACACUGCCGCUAUUCAGAACCUCAGAGAUCAGCUUCAGAGGUGGCAGGCUGAGGUUGCCGAUCGGGAAAGCAUCUUUCAGGCCCUACAAGCACAGGUGGGGCAGGCCAAAGAGGCGGGGUCUAAACUCAGCAGCCUCCACCCAGAUCGCAGUCCAGAGCUGGAGCGCUACCAGGAAAAAGCCAAUCAGAUAACAGACAGGUGGAGCAGUAUCAAAAGACAGAUGGAAUCACGGUGGACUGAUCUGGACGUCUUGGGCUCAGAGCUGCAGCAGUACAGAGAUGGACACUCAGCUCUCAUCAAGUGGAUUGAAGAAACGACAGAAAGACAAGAAAGGACCCAGCCUGAACAGACUGACAGCAAAGCGCUGUCUGAACAGUUGGCCCAGCAGACGGCAUUAGUUGUUGAGAUUGAACAGAACCAGACCAAACUAGACGAAUGCCAGACUCACUCCAAACAGUACUGCAGCUCAGUGAAGGAUUAUGAGCUCCAACUGAUGACUUACAGGGCCUUCGUGGAGUCAAUGCACAAGUCAUCUGUCAAGAGGAGAAGGAUGCACUCUUCCUCUGAUGCCAUUACUCAGGAGUUCAUGGACUUACGCACACGCUACACAUCCUUGGUCACCUUAACCACCCAGCAUGUGAAGUAUAUCAGUGAUGCUCUGAGAAGGCUGGAAGAAGAAGAGAAAGAGGUGGAGGAGGAGAAGCAGGCCAGAGUGGGGCAGGUUUCAGAUCUGUUAGGUUGGGUCAAAGGUCUUUGUGGUCGGAGCGGAGGUUCCAGCCCGGAGUCUUCAAUAGCUGCUCAACAGGCUAUCAGCGAACAGUUGGCCGCCAGGAAGGAUCAGGUGGCUGAGGCCAUACGGAGCACACAGACCUUCCUACGGUCCAAGCAGGCAGCCAAGAUGUCACCAGAAGAGCGUGCUCAGGUGGAGGCUCAGCUGGCUGAGCUGACCAACACAUACGACCAACUUCUGGAGAGCUCCACCCAGCAGCUACAGCAGCUGGAGCAACAGCUCGCCAAAGAGGAGGAGCUAAAGGUCCAAGUUGCCAUUGCUGGAGUGAUUGACCUGGGAACAGUGGAAACAUACUCACUGUUUCAAGCUGCCCGACGUGGUCUAAUUGACCAGGACACCUGCCAUAUCCUAUUGGCGGCCCAGCUUAUUACUGGCGGACUAAUUCAGCCCGACUCUGGUGUCAGUCUAUCACUGGAACAAGCUCUAUCUGAAGGCCUCAUUGACACUCACACCAGAGAGUCACUGUCCAAGUUUGAGAGUGCCUUAAAUUUAGUAGACAACACUUGUAAGUCUGUAGAUCACAAACAGGAGAUUGUUGUUCCUGUAGCUGCAGCAAUGGAGUCUGGUUUAAUCGGAGAAGAAGAGGGACUCUGUAUUCUGGAACACCAGAUCAACAGUAGGGGCUUGAAAACAUUGUCUGGAGACUUUUUAAGUUUGGAACAAGCAGAGGAAAUGAGACUUCUGUCCCCUCAGACUUCAUCAAAGCUGCAUUUAAGGCUACAAUACAAAGAGCUGAUUAAUCCAAACACAGCAGAGACGGUAAAUCUGCAUGAGCUUCAGCUGUGCUGUGUUCUUGAUAAAGAAUCUGGUCUCCUCCUACUUCCUGUCAAACAGCACCCCGGAGGAACGGUUUGUCUGCGUUCUGGACAAAAAGUUGGGAUCUUCCGAGCAGUCCAGGAAGGACUGAUUGACAGGAAAGUGACAGUAUCACUACUUGAAGCUCAACUUUUUGCUGGUGGCAUUGUUGACCCACGUUCUGGUCACCGGCUAACUGUUGAAGAGGCUGUUCGCCGCGGACUGAUGGACCGUGAUUUAGCUUGUUCAAUGCUCGCACGGCAGCUGCAAAAUGGUGGAAUCCUCGAUCCUUUGAGUGGAGAACGCAUGAAUUUAGAGGACAGUAUCCAAAGAAACCUUCUCUCUUCUCAGCUGGCUCUGCUGGUCCUUGAAUCUCUGCAGAAUUUUAUGGGACUCCUCUGGCCUGAAUCAGGAGAACUCCUGCCUCUUAAUGAUGCUCUUCAGCAGGGAGCAAUCUCAGGAGAUUUAGCUAGAAAAGCCCUUAGAGGGAGACAUUUCAUUGGUGCUCUGUACAACACUGAAACCCUUCAAACCAUAUCCCUCAACCAAGAUGGUGAUGAGGCCCUUGAGCCAAGUGUGGUUACUUGCCUCGCAGAUAUCUACAUACCGGACACCCUUUGCAACCUGAACCAAUCAGGCACCCCAUCUCUGAACCGCUUAAACUGGGGUUCAGCCAGCCCCUCUUUACCUACAUCCCCACCUUUACCUACAUCCCCACCUUUACUUACAUCCCCACCACUACUUGAGUCACCUCCCACAGACUUUCUAAGGGAUACGAUACCAACAAAUGUGCCAAAUUCUAAAGAACAAGCCGAGAACAAGUUGUUGCUUCACCUCAUGACUCACAGCUACGUAAAUGCUCAUUCUGGAAAACGGUUGGUAGUGCUUGACCCUGAACUGGCGAUGAUGGUCAAAGCUACACAGGUAGUGUCCGGAAAAUCAGUGCCAGAAAUAACUGAAGAGACAAGUUUAUCAGAUAAAAUGGUGGAUGACAACAAAAUGGUAGAAGAGCAAAUUGGCAUCAAUCUAGGUAAAGAGUUUGCUAUUGAAGACACACAAAACAAAAUCUCAUUGACUAAAACUGUGGUCAAUGAUAUGAGCUAUACACACAAAGAACUCAGUAAAAGUGCUGAAGCUAAUGACCUUAAAGAAGAGUUGUACUAUCAAGGAAACAUAUUACCCUCAGAGAUGGAAACGCGUUUUCCAGAAUCAACGGAAAGUCCCUGUCAUAACAUCAGUGGGAUAAUCACACUCAGAUCACAGGAAAAUUGUAAAAGUAUAGAACAAAGAGAGAAAAUAACAGCAAAAGUAAAUCAAGAUGUGGCUAUAACACAGUCUAAAGAUCAUAAAGAUGAACAGCAAUGCCAAGACAAAAUGGAUAGUAUCCAAGAACCUUUGCCUGAGACAGAAAAUAAGUCCAAGCAUUCUGAGCCUCAGCUUGUCAGCUGCAAUUUAGAGUUGGAGGAAAACAAAGAUGUUGAGCUGCAGAGGUUGGUUUUUGAGCUUAAACAUGGAGGUCUGAAGACAGACGAAGGUGAAAAGCUGCUCCCAGAUGAGGCUGUGGCCCAGGGGAUCCUUCCUGGCCAUACAGCUGUUAAAUUAAUGGCUGAGGCAGGUUUGUUUGGAGGAUUCCUUGAUGCUAACAGGGCUAAGCCACUUAGUGUGGACGAAGUUAUACAGGAAGGUUUGAUAGAUGAAGAUCUAAUGUGGACUGUCUUGAAGUCGGACAAAACCUUGGCAGGUGUUGUAGAUGUAGAAAAAUACCAAAUAUGUGGGGUGAAGGAUGCAGCUGAGGCUGGGUUGAUUGACUCUAACACGGCUGCUCGACUUUUAGAAGCACAGGUAGCAUCUGGAGGGAUUGUGGACCUCCGCAGGGAUAAGAAAGUCUCUGUCACUCUUGCAGCAAACCUUGGAUUAAUUGAUGAAGAACAAAGAGAAGAACUAGUGGCACUGGAAAAGGCAUGUAAGGGAAAAGAGACAGACUGUGCAACUACCCUUAAGAAAGCCAGUUUACAGCUCCAAAUGGAUGGUGUUGUGGACCCUGAGUCUAAGAUCCCAGUUAUCUUGGAGCAAGCAAUUCAGAAAGGGCUUAUUGCAACAAAAGAUGCUUAUCAGGUGUUGGCAAAACAGGUUGCUGAAGGUGGGAUAAUAGAUCAUGGUUCAGGAAUGAAGCUAUCAGUCUCUGAUGCUGUAGAUAGAGGACUAGUGGAACGAUCCAUUGCUCCUGGGCUUGAAGAACUGGAGUGGAUUUUCCAAGGAAAGGUCAGUCCUUCAAGUAACCCCGAAGCCAUUGUUUUCCAGGCAUUAUCUGGUGCCAUUUUAGACCCUAAAACCGGCUCUAAGCUGACCCUUUCAGAUGCUGUUUCUAAGGGUUUGCUAGAUAAAAACACAGCAAAUGAAGUCAUGGCUUCCCCAGCAGUUACACAAGGAGUGAUUGACCCUCAGACUGCACGCGUUGUACCGUAUUCUGAACUCGUAAACCAGGGUAAAGUUGAUAUUAAAACAGGACAACGCUUCCUGGAGGUGAAACCUUUUAGUGGCAUUCAGAGGGAACAAUCUGAGGACAGGUUGACCCUUAUCGAGGCUGUUGCAUUAAAGCAAGUUGAUCCAGUUCCAGCACUGAGGCUGCUCCAAAGUCAAGCAGACACGGGUGGGAUUAUUGAUAUCAACACUAAAGAAAGGCUCACACUGCCUGAAGCCUUUAAGAGAAAUUUAGCUCCAGAAGACAUGGUUAAGGAAAUUGCAACCAACCAAAUUUUAAGGGGAGGCUUAAUCAAUCCCACCACAGGACAGAGGGUGUCAGGUCUGAAUGAUGCAAUUGAAUUAGGACUAAUAUCUAGUGACAUGGCCACAGAUAUCCAGGAAAAAGCACAAGAAAUGUCUUCAGAACAGAGCUUAACACUUGAUAACUUAUCAAAUCAAUCAGACGCUAUAAUGUCAUCAGUGGCAAUCCAGGACAAUCCAGCAAACUGGUCUGAUAUGAACACUGAAGGUUCCUCAAGUUCUUCUGAUUUAGUAAGAAGUUCAAUCAUGUCAGACAAAAAAUCCCAACUUGAAACGCCGGUUCUGUUUGUCUGUGAUGUCACUACAGAAGAGCUUGAAAAAGAAACUCUAAAGUCUUCAAGAGAAAACUCUUUAAUUGAUUCAGAUCAAUCAAUGGACACGUUGUCUGAGUUUGUAAGCAAUGUUGAAAAAACAAUAGAAGAAGUCACAAUGGAGGUCUCUGAGAUGAACAACGUUAUCCUAGAUGAGCUUGAUAGAAAUUGUCAAUCAGGUGAAGCUGAAACUCAAGUUCAAGUAAGAGGAGUUUUUUGUGCUGAAAAACAGAAAGACUUGACAGAAGGUGCUGAUGUCAAACCAGUUCAAGAGGAGGACCAUGAACAGAUGCCGAGUGAUUUGAGCACGGUCGUCGUAUAUUCUCUAUCUGAAAAUGAAAACAAGACUGUGAGUACUCAGGUGGUGGAUGACAAAGAGAAUAAAGAAAGUGAUGUUCUGGCAAAUGAAGGUGAAUUGGAGAAUGGAAAGAAUCAGUUAGCAGCUCAGACAGAUGAAGUAAAGGAUGAUGUCAAUGGUUUUGAGAAGUCUUUAAAGAUCAAGGAAUUGCAGGUCAAAAGUACAGAUUUAGAUCAGUCAGGCCAACUUUUAACCUCUGUGAAUCAAGAUUUAGAAAACAAAAACAAGAAGAAAAAGAAGAGUAAAAAGAAGGCAAGGGUCAAAGAGACAGAAACUGAAACCAAAACAGAACAAGUCAACACAGAGAUUGAUGGGUCAUCAGAGGCUGUUGAUUCUACAGGAGUUGAUCUAACAUCACAAAGCUAUGAUGACAAAUCAGAGAAUGGGGGUUCGAUUGCUUUCACCAAACCUUUUGGUGUUGAAGAAAUGUAUGAAAAAUCUGAGACUGGAGAUGACUUUAUGAAACAGGGACAGGAGGAGGUUUCUGAACAGGAUAACGGUGCAACGAACACAAUGUUGAAAAAACGUGCAGGGAAAAGUGUAGAUAAAGUCAAUGAAAAAGAAGAGAAGAUGGGUGAGACUGUGGUCUGUCAGCAACCAGAGUGUUCACAAGUGGAAAACAAAAGUACAGAGAGGGAAUUGACUCAAAAAGAAAUGCUACCUGAGGAGGAGAAAGCUGCUUUGAUACUAAAAGCCAAAGAAAGUAUUCUUAAGAAAGUAUUUGAAAAAGGUUUGAGUGACAAGCAGGCUGCUGAAAAACUGGAGGUGCUGCGAAAAGAAAUAGGGAAGAAGGAUGGUCAAGGCGUCAAUGCAAGUGAUAUAAAGGGACAAAGUCUGAAAAGUACCAAAGAGGACAGACGUGAUGUUGGGAGGAGAAUGGAUAAGUCACCAACUGAUGUUAAAGAACAGAAGACAUUCAAGGAGGACCACAUUAAGCUAGAAAUGGCUGCAGAAGAUUUGCCUGUUCUGCAAACUGUUGAAAGCAAAGUGUCUAAGACCUCUGCAGAGGAGAGUGAUAAAAGCAGAAGGUUGGGAAAGACAGACACUCAAAAAGAUGUUCAGAAGGAUACUCAACCAAGUAAAAAGCACAAGAAGAGUAAAAAGUCUAAGGUUCUUAGAGCUGCAGACAAAGCUGUGCCAGAUAGAAACGAGAUUACCACCAAUGCAAUGGACUCUGAAGCAACAAGAGCUAAAACAGAAAAAAAUGUGGCAAAAACAACACUGGGCAGUUCAGAUUUGACAAAAGAACAAAGGAUAAAAAUCAAUGUUGUUCAUGGCAUUCAACCUUCAGAUCAAUCAAUGGAAAAGAGCACUGAGGAGAUAUCAGAUAUCAGAGGGCCUGUUGACUCUUCUGUUGAUGUUUCAUACAAAACAAACGCGGCUGUAGAUCAGCCUGUGACCCCCAGUCCACUACAAGACAAGCCGGCUGGAAAAAGUAAAAAGAAGAGAAGGCACCAUUCACCUGAAACCCAAACCCUUCGUCUUCCAGAAUUUGUACAAGACCAACAUCUAAAUGUAGACUCUCCAGGAAAGUCCCCUUUGAUCUCAGAAGAGGUGUCUAGUGAGUCUGAGUCAGCCAGAAUGACCGAGUCUACAACAACCUCAGAGACGGGGGAAAAACAGGCGAGUGGCGAGAAGAGUCAAGAAACAGGGCCAGACAAAGAUGAGGCAACAUUGCUGGCUCGCAAGUCAUCAUUAAUGCGUCAAGACUGCUUGGAGCAGGACCAGCAUAUUGUAGCUCUGCUCUCCAUGGUUCAACAUAUUGAGGUCCGGCUGAAGCAGCAACAGCAGUCUGUUGGUCGUAGCCUCAUGGUGUUGGAUGACAUCAUCUGCCAUGUUAAGACUCUGGACUUGGAACUGCAUGACUUAGAACCCGAGAUCCACAAAGCGGUUCAGGCUGCUGAGCAACUUCUGAAGCCCCAAUCUAAAGAUGUCCCUCUACAGCUGCUAUUGGCUCUGGAUAAAGAUAGGCGGAGCUUAGGUCGUAGAUACGAAGCUGCUGUUGUUCUUUCUCAGGACAUUCUACAAUCUCUACUAAGCCAGAGAGACUCAUACAAGGACUCUGUGGAGGCUGAGCAGAAGGCCCUGGGAGAGCAGGUGGAUGGGCUGCUCUCAUGGCUGACAGAGAUGGAGACCCAGAUGGAUGGAGGAAUAGCAGGAAUAGAAGAAAUUAAGAAAACUGAUGAGCUUGCACAGCAACUGAAGAUCUGCAAGGAGCUGCAGUCCUCCCUCGCGGCUCGCUCCGGCGAGGUCAGCGCGGUGGCUUUUGACAUUCAGGCCUACAUUUCGGAGCGGGCGCAGGACCUGGCCCCGGAGCAGAGCAGGCAGCUUCUGGGGCAGCUUCAGCAGCUGCAAAUGGCCUUCCAUAGGGCAUCAGGUCAAGCUCAGGCCUGGGCCAGCACCCUGUCUGCCCAAAGUGAGAGGGAGGAGAAGUGGCAGAGAGAAAGGGCAAAGGAAGAGAAGGAGUUGGACAGGGAGAAGAACAGCGCAGAGGAAAGAGAGGCGGUCCAACAGCAGAAAGCAGAGUGUUCUCAGAAACUAGAAGGCCUUAACAUGUGGUUGGGCGGAGCUGCUGCUUUGCUUGCCAGUCAGAUGGGGGGAGGAGAAUCGGGUGACGUGAGCGUCCUGCAGGAAAAGCAGAAGCGUUUGAAGGACAUGCAGAAGGACCUACAGGCCAAAGGUGAAGCUCUGGCUGACACCAUCCGGUCAGUGGAGGAGUUUCUGGCAGAGCGAGGAGAAAGUCUGAGCCCUGAGGAGAAGGAGAACUUGCAGACGAAGCUAGCAAUGCUGAAGGAGCAGUACAACGCCCUGACAGACUCUGCUGAUGCAUCCGUGUCAGAGCUGAACACUGCCAUCACAACAGUUGUGCAGCAGAACACACAGAGAGCAAAGGCAGUGGAAGAUCUGCAGGACACACAAAACCAGAUAGACUCCCUUCUGUCCUCUUUGAAGCAAUCAGACAGGGGAGGCUCAACUGUAACGUUUCCAGAUUUGACUGAUUCUUUGGACUCACAACCAGAGGGCGCUGUCGUGUCGCACACAGAAAGGCUGCAGGCUGAGCUUCAGCAGCUGCAGGCUCAGCAGGCCCAGCUGUUGCAGAUAACCCAGUCAGCCCGUUCCCUUCUGGACCAGCCCGACUCAGCGGUCCCAGCUGAAGAGAAACAGCGACUCCGUGCUGCUCUGGAUCAGCUGCAGGCGCAGCACCAAGAGCGGCUGCAGAGCUGCCAGGAUCGCCUAAGGAAGUCUGAGGCCUUGCAGGAUGAGCUGAGUAAAUUCCUCCUGGAACAUGGAAGCCUGGGCUCCUGGCUGGAGCAAAGUGAACAGGAGAUGCAUUCCUUGGGGGAGGGAGAAACUGAUGCACAAGGACUGAAAGACCGGCUGGAGGAGCACAGAAAGCUUGCUGAGGAUGUGAUUUGCCACAAGGCAGACCUACGCUUCGUCUCCAUCUCUGGUCAGAAGGUUCUGAGCUCUGUUCAAGGAGCUCUGGAGCUGCUAGGUGGUUCUGAUCCGGCUCUGCACAGCACCAAACAGCUUGUCACCAACAAGCUGCAGGACGCCCACCACAGAUAUACAACCCUACAUACCAAGUCCACAGAGUUGGGCACCCGUCUGUCUGGCCUCUUGGAGAGGUACCAACAGUACCAGGAUGAGGUCGUCUCCUUGCACUCGUGGCUCAGCACUCAGGAACAAAACCAAAGCUUAACCAAGUCCAGUGGAGACACAGACCCACAGAACUUACAAAACACCUUGCGGCAAGUCCAGCUGCUUCAGGAUGAACUGGCAGAGCGCUCGGUGCAGCUGGAGAAGGUGAAGAGAGCUGGAAGAGAUCUAGUCAGCACAGAUGAAUCUCCCUCUCUGAAAGCUGUUGACAUCCUCUGCACAGCAGACGGUUUAGAGAAGAGGUUCGGCAGCCUUUCUGCAUCAGUGUCAGAGCGGGCUGAACAUCUGCAGACCGCUGUGGCACAGUCUGUCAGUGUUCAAGAGGGCCUGAAAGGCCUGCUGGGCUGGCUGGACAAACUGGUUCUGAAUCCUGGCCCAGUUGAGCCCACUGCACAGGCUGUACAAGAUGCUUUGACUCAGAACCAGAAACUUCGUCAGGAGCUGCUGUCCAGGCAGGGCAGUGUAGAAGCAACUCGGGACUCUAUUUCCAGCCUUCUGCAAAGCUCAGACCCCUCCACAGCGUCAGGCCUCAAGGUCAGCCUUCAUGACCUCAGCCAGCGUUACACUGAUGCACAGGCCAGCCAGGCAGAGAGGGAAGCUGAGCUCAAAGUGCUGCUGCCCAAACUGGAAAGCUACGAGCGUCUGGAGGUUGACCUGCAGGCCUUCAUGCAGAGCCGACAGAAGACUCUGACCCCUGUUGGGCUUCCAGACCGCAGCGUGGACGACUACAGGCAGACUAUUGAGGAGGUCAAAUCCGAGUUGGAGCAGGAGGCGAGCCAGCUGAAAUCCUUUUGCAGCCUCGGCACAGAGAUCAGCCAAUCCAAAGCUCUCAGCAAUACUCAGAAUGUAUUGAACAAUGUGAAAGAAGUAUCUGAUGAUUUCACCAAACUGGAAGAAAACGUCAAUAAAAGGUUUGCUGCCAUCCAGACCUGCGAGCAGCAGCUCGUGCAAUUCAGAGGCCUUUCAGACUCUCUCCUCCGCUGGCUUCAGACCACGCAGGACCAGCUGCCUUCCAAAGAAAUCAGCCUUAACACUGAAGGCCUGCAGAGAAGAGUCCAGCAGCUCAAGGAUUUGCUGAAUAACUGGGAGUCCCAAGGAUUCAGAGUUCAGGAGCUGAAUAAGACGGGCUCCGAGCUGGAGGCCCUCAUCAUUGAUGCAACUGCUCCUCAGACCAAAACAGGUGCACCUCAGAUCAACGGCUCGGCAGGCCCCAGCAGUUUGAAUGGCAUUCACACAUGUAAAGAUCUGACGGAGCUCCAGGUCGCCGUGUCGGACGUGAAAUCUCAGUACGACACGCUGGGCGAGGAGCUGAAGAAGCGCCUGAGCCUGCAGCAGGCCUCCCUAGAGCUGAGGGAAAAAGCCAUGCGGGGCACAGAGGAGCUCAAGAGCUGGUUAAGUGACAGAGAGAGCACCCUGAAGCAGGGACAGACCGCCUCCCCCUCCAGACCUGAGCUGGUUCGUGCCCAGGCUCAGCAGAACAAGGCUCUGCUCUCAGAGUUGCGUGAACACUCUAAGAAGGUGGACGAGCUGAAGGCCACGCUGAGGAAGCUGAUUGCUGACAACCCCGACUCUCCUGAGGCAGAGAGCUGGAGGCAGCUGCUUCAGGAGAUUGAAUCUCGGUGGCAAGCAGCCAAUCAGACGGCAGCGCAGAGACAGACUGAGCUUGAGACGUGUGCUGAUAGGCUGGGGAGCUUUGCAUCAGCAGCCAAUCAGCUGGGUCCGUGGCUAAGGGAGAAGGAGCUGAUGAUGAGCGUGCUGGGACCGCUGAGCAUUGAUCCCAACAUGCUCAACACACAGAAACAGCAGGUCCAGUUCAUGCUGCGUGAGUUUGAGACGCGGCGGCCACAGUUUGAUCAGCUGGCACAGUCGGCAGAGGGCAUCCUGUCCCAGACUGACCCUGCUCAGGACUCAAAAGACCUAGAAGAGGUCCACACAGAGCUGAACAUCAUCUCACAACAGUGGGAAGGCCUCACGAACCGACUGACUCAGAGAUCUAACCACAUCGAUCAGGCUCAAGGAACCAGCGAACGAUACCAGGCUCUGCUCAGAGAGCUCUCAUCCAGCAUUUCCGCCCUGGGUGAGAGGCUGGACUCUCAGGCCUCGCUAAGUGCACAACCAGAGGCGCUAAGACAGCGACUGCAAGAAACCGGAGAGAUCCGCUCAGAGCUGGAACGAAGGCGAACCGAGCUGGUUGAGGCAGAGGAGCUCUGCCGGGAGCUAAGCACCAUCGUGGUUGAACCCUACCUGAAGGAGGAGUUGAGUAAGCGGCUGGAGAGUGUCAGCGGGCCGCUUAGGAGUCUGGAAGAGCGAGCAGCUGAUGGGUUGUCACAGCUUCAGGCAGCUCUGUCGUCCACACAGCAGUUCCAGCAGAUGUUUGAGGACCUCUGCUCCUGGCUCAACAAGCAGACAGAUCCCAGGGAAUCCUCCUCCCAGUCUCUGCCCUGUCAGCCAGAAGCCAUUCACUCUCUGCUCACCCAAACCGAGGCGCUUCAACACGAGAUCGCCAGCCAACGGGGUUCAUACGAGCUGAUUCAGGCCGAGGGUGUGUCUCUGCUCGCCACUCUGCCAGCUGAGGAACGCUCUGCUCUGCAGUCCCGUCUGGCCACCUUACGACAAGACUGGGAGGGUUUGAACCUCAGAAUAGCAGACCGAGAGGCCAGGCUAAAGGGCACUUUGAGCAAAGCAAAAUCUUACCAGCAGCACAAAGCUGAGCUCAUACCAUGGCUAUCAGAGUGUGAGGAGAAGGAUGGAGAGAUCCUCCCAUCGCUGGAUUCAUCAUCACUGGACGAAGCCUUGCAAAAGGCCCGCAGCCUGUCCCUCGACCUGGAGAGGCGGCGACCCCUGCUUGAAGCUUUUAACACAGCAGCAGACCUGCUUCUGGAGCAGUGCUGCAUCGGGGAGGAAGAGGUGCGAGAUGAGAAGGCCCAGCUGAACCGGCAGGUGGAUGGACUGAACGAGAGGCUCCUUAACCACACCUUCCAGCUGGAGGAGCUGGCCAGCCGCCUGAAGGAGUUUGAGGAGGGACGGCAAGCUGUUGAGAGGAGGCUGGAAGCUGCCAGGCACCAGAUUGAAGUCCAGGAAGCUCUUGGACCUCAGGCUUGUAGUGCUAAAAGCUUGGAGAGACUGAGAAGUCAGCAGGAGAGUUUGAGGUCACUGCAGCCCCAGGUGGUCUACCUCAGAGACCUGGCACAGGGGUUGGUGCAGGACGCCCCCCAGACUCCAGGAGGCAGCACAGAGGGAGUGCAGAGGCUUCAGGACCAGGCUAUUGACACAGAGAAAGAGUAUGAGGACGUCACUGACAAGAUUGAACAUUGCUGCGCCUCCCUGGAGUCUCGCUUGCAGGGCGUGGGUGAGGUCCAGACCCACGUUCGGGACAUCUUCUCUCGCCUGGCUGACCUGGAUGAUGAACUGGAUUCCCUCAGUCCUGUUGGACGUGAUCCCGACUCUUUGGCCUCACAGGCUGAUGCAGUGAAGGGCUUCCUCUUGCGCCUGGGUGACCUCAGAACCGAGCUAGAGGAACACUCUUCAGAGUGCACAACCAUGCUGCGGCGAGAAGGUUCCUCACCGGACCUCCUGGCCCUCAGGAGGGAGACUGAGGCUUUGAGCCGCCAGGCAGGGAAGCUCGGGGAGCGUGGCCAGGGAAAGCUGGAUCAGAUCAAGGAUGCAGCAGACAAGGUGCAGGACUUCUACAAACUUGUGGCAGAGCUGCAAGGGCUGCUGGGAAGAGCUGAAGAGGGGCUGAACACACAGGGUCUGGUGGGCGCUGAGGUGGAGAUGAUCAAACAACAACUGCAGGAGUUCAAGGCUGUGGAGCGAGAGCAGGUGGACAGCAUUCAGCCCAAGCUGCAGCACAUCAACGCAGUGGGACAGGGGCUGAUCCAGAGCGCAGCCAAGCACACGGACACGCAGGCGCUGGAGCACGACCUGGAGGCCACCAACCUGCGAUGGAACUCACUAAACAAGCGGGUGGCAGAGCGGAUUGCCCAGCUGCAGGAAGCACUGUUGCAUUGUGGGAAGUUCCAGGAUGCGCUGGAGCCUCUGCUAAGCUGGCUGAACGACACAGAAGAGCUGGUGGCUAAUCAGAAGCCUCCGUCUGCCGAAUACCGCGUGGUCAAGGCCCAGAUCCAAGAACAGAAGCUGCUUCAGAGGUUGCUGGACGACCGCCGGCCAACGGUAGAGAUGAUCCGUGCUGAAGGAGAGAGGAUUGCAUCCACAGCAGACACUCAGGACCGCGAGAAGAUCCAGAGCCAGCUCUUAAGUCUGUCACAGAGAUGGUCUGACCUGCUGGACAAGGCCAGCAGCAGACAGAGGCAGCUGGAAGAGCUGCAGGUUUUAGCCCUUCAGUUCCACGAAGCCUUGGAGCCGCUUGGAGAAUGGCUGAGUGCCACGGAGAGGCGCCUGAGCUCCGCAGAGCCCAUGGGAACCCAGACAGCCAAGAUCUCCCAGCAGAUCGUCAAACACAAGGCGCUCCAAGAAGCCGUUUCUUCGCGGAAAGCUGAGGUUGACCAACUCCAGUCCCUCAGCCAUUCACUGAGGCCGCUCAUCACCUGUGCGGCCGAUCAGGAUUGGCUGGGGGAGCGUGUGGGGGCGGUGAGGUCAGGUCACUCAGAUCUUACUGAUUGGUGCACGAGGCGGGCGGCCCUGCUGGAGCAGGCACUGGCCAACGCUCAGCUGUUUGGGGAGGAGGAGGUGGAGGUGCUGAACUGGCUGGAGGAGGUGGCUCAGAGGCUGUCGCAGUUCUCCAUACAGAGCUACCAGCCCCAGCUUCUGAACGAGCAGCACAAACACAGCCUGUCUCUAAAUGAAGAAAUCUUGAGUAGGAAGAAAACUGUAGACCAGGCCAUCAAGAACGGACAAGCUUUACUCAAGCAGACCACAGGUGAAGAAGUUCUCCUGAUCCAGGAGAAGCUGGAUGGGAUCAAGUCUCGCUAUGCUGAGAUGACAGCCGGUAGCAGCAAAGUGCUGCGCACGCUUGAGCAGGUGCUGCAGCUCUCCACGCGCUUCGCCAGCGCCCAUGAAGACCUCAGUCAGUGGCUGGAUGCUGUGGAAGCAGAGCUUAACGAUGCUGAAUCUGAUGCUACGCCCACCUACCAGGAGAGGCAGAAGGAGCUGAAGAAAGUGUCUGCUGAGAAGCGUCUGGUUCUGGACACAGUGAACGAGGUGGGAAACGCCCUGCUGGACCUGGUGCCGUGGCGAGCUCGCGAAGGCCUGGACCGCCAUGUGGCUGACGCCAACCAGAGGUACCGGCAUGCAGAUGAAACCAUCACUCAGCGGGUGCAGUUGGUGCAGGCUGCCAUCCAGAGGUCACAGCAGUAUGAGGAGGCAGUGGAUGCAGAGUUGGCCUGGGUUGCAGAGACGGAGCGUAAACUGGCGUCUCUGGGGCCUCUCAGCUUGGAGCCUGACGUGACCGUGGCUCAGCUGCAAGUGCAGAGGGCCUUCAACAUUGACAUUAUCCGACACAAAGACACUGUAGAUCAGCUCCUGAGCACCAGAGAGGACAUCCUGGAGGCCUGCAGCUACGCUCAGAGAGAUGCGCUGAUGGUUAAAACCAACUCUCUGAGCGCUCGUUACGAUGCAGUGAGUCAGAAUCACAGCGAGCGGUUCUCUGCACUGGAGCAGGCCCAGGUUCUAGUGGCACGAUUCUGGGAAACCCACGAAGAGUUGGAGCCAUGGCUGUGUGAAACGGAAACCCUCAUCACGCAGCUUCCCCCUCCAGCCAUCGACACAGAUGCUCUCCGUCUGCAGCAGGAUCAGAUGAGGCUUAUCAGGGAGUCCAUCGCCGAGCACAAGCCUCACAUCGACAAGCUGCUGAAGAUCGGGCCCCAGCUGGCAGAGCUCAGUCUCCAAGAGGGGGGGACAGUGAGGCAGCGCUACAUGGACGCCGAGAGGCGCUACCAGGCCAUCAAGGAGGAGGUGAAAGGUCGUGCCACAGACCUGGAUGAGGCAGUGUCCCAGUCUUCACAGCUGCUAGAGUUUCAUGAUAAGAUGGACCCGCUCCUGGAGACUCUGGAGGGGGCGGUGCAGCGUCUGCGGCAGCCCCCUCCGGUGGCUGCAGAGGUGGAGAAGAUCCGAGAGCAGCUGGCAGAGCAUCGCGCUCAGGGGCUGGAGCUGGAUAAACUGCUGCCGAGCUUCUCGGCUCUGUGCGCCCGCGGAGAGGAGCUCAUCAGCAGAGCGGCUAAUGACGAUCCUGCUGCUCAGGCGGUUCGCUCCCGCCUCCUGCGCCUUCGCUCUCUGUGGGAUGAGAUCCGGCAGCGCGCAGAGGAGAGAGAGGGAAAACUGAACGAUGUCUUGGACUUGGCUGGAAAGUUCUGGGCCGACGUGGUGGCCCUGCUGACCACGCUCCGAGACACCCAGGACAUUGUGAAGGACCUGGAGGACCCGGGCGUGGACCCUUCACUCAUCAAACAGCAGAUCGAGGCUGCUGAGGCCAUCAAGGCGGAGACAGACGGCCUGAGGGAGGAGCUGGAGUUUGUCAGGACUCUUGGAGCUGACCUCAUCUUUGCCUGUGGAGAGACUGAAAAACCUGAAGUCAAGAAAACCAUAGAUGAGAUGAAUGCUGCCUGGGAGGGCCUUAACCGGACGUGGAGGGAGAGGAUGGAGAGGCUGGAGGAGGCGAUGACUGCCUCGGUUCAAUAUCAGGAUGCUUUGCAGGCAAUGUUUGACUACCUGGACAACGCAGUGAUCAAACUGUGUGAAAUGUCGACCGUGGGAACUGACCUGGGAACUGUCAAACAGCAGAUUGAAGAGCUCAAGCAGUACAAGGUGGAGGUAUACCAGCAGCAGAUCGACAUGGAGAAGCUGUGCCACCAGGGGGAGCUGCUGCUGAAAAAAGUGUCAGACCAGACGGAUCGAGACAUGAUCCAAGAGCCACUGACUGAACUCCGGCACCUCUGGGAGAACCUAGGAGAUAAAAUCACCCAGAGACAGCAUAAGCUGGAGGGGGCCCUGCUGGCUUUGGGUCAGUUCCAGCACGCCCUCUCUGAGCUGCAGGCGUGGUUGAACCACACACACACCACUCUGGACACUCAGCGACCAGUCAGCUCCGACCCCAAGGCCAUCGAAAUUGAGCUAGCCAAACACAACGUUUUGCGUAAUGAUGUGCUGUCCCAUCGUGCCACAGUCGAGACUGUGAACAGUGCUGCUGCUGAGCUGCUGGAGUCCUCUCCUGGCGACGAGGCCAGCCACCUUAGGGCACAGCUGGAUCAGCUGAACCAGAGCUGGGAGAGUCUACUGCUGAAGACCCAGGAGCGACAGAAGCUCCUGGAGGCUGCACUGCAGCAGGCUGAAGGUUUCCAUGGAGAAUUGGAAGAGUUCCUCCAGUGGCUGAGGAGGACUGAGAGUCAGCUGUCUGCCGCAAAACCAACCGGGGGUCUCCCAGAAACAGCCAGGGAGCAGCUGCAGCAGCAUGAGGAGCUCCAGGGUCAGCUGGCUCAGCGAUCAGAACAGUACCAUCGCCUGCUGGAUCAGGGAGAGUCCAUGUUGAUGGCCCGUGGAGGCGAUGAGGCCGGACCAGGCACCACCCAGACCCAGCAGAACCUGGCUAUGCUGCAAAACAAGUGGGCAAGCCUUAACACCAAGAUGGAUGACCGCAGGGCGAAGUUGGAGGAGGCCGUUUCCCUGGCAACAGGAUUUCAGACUUCACUGCAGGACACCAUCAACUGGCUGACUCAGGCUGAGCAAACUCUGAACAUGGCCCAGCCGCCCAGCCUCAUCCUGGACACGGUCCUCUUCCAGAUUGAUGAGCACAAGGUGUUUGUGAAUGAAGUGAACACGCAUCGGGAGCAGGUCCUGGCUUUGGAGAAGGCUGGCUCUCAGCUCCGCUUUGCCAGCUUAAAGCAGGAUGUGGUUCUUAUCAAGAACCUGCUGCUAAGCGUCCAGGCUCGCUGGGACAAGCUGGUUCAGAGGUCUCUGGACCGCGGCCGACACCUCGAUGAGGCUCGCAAACGCGCUAAACAGUUCCAUGAAGCCUGGAGGAAGCUGACUGAUUGGCUGGAAGAAGCGGAGAGAAAGCUGGACUCAGAAGUGGAGAUCUCCAAUGAACCUGACAAGAUCAAAGUACAACUCACUAAGCACAAGGAGUUUCAAAAAGCUCUGGGAUCGAAGCAGCCCGUUUACGACACCACAGUGAGGUCCGGGAAGGCCAUGAGGGAUAAGGCUCAGCUGCCCGCCGACCAGCAGAAACUGGAUCACCUGGUGGGGGAAGUUCGUGAUAAAUGGGACACGGUUUGUGGAAAGAGUGUAGAAAGGCAGCACAAGCUGGAGGAGGCUCUGCUGUUCUCCGGUCAGUUUGCAGAAGCUCUUCAGGCUUUGGUGGACUGGCUCUACCGAGUGGAGCCUCAGCUGGCUGAAGACCAGCCUGUCCACGGAGACCUGGACUUGGUAUCAAAUCUCAUGGAUACACAUAAGGCUUUUCAAAAAGAUCUAGGAAAGAGAACCAGCAGCGUUCAGGCUCUGAAGCGUUCGGCCCGGGAUCUGAUGGAGACGGGUCGCGACGACACUGCCUGGGUCAAGGUUCAGCUGCAGGAGCUCAGCAACCGCUGGGACACAGUGUGCGCCCUGUCGGUGACCAAACAGACCCGCCUCCAGCAGGCGCUCAAGCAGGCCGAGGAGUUUCGCACCGCCGUGCAGCUGCUGCUGGAGUGGCUCUCCGAAGCAGAACAGUCGCUCCGUUUCCGUGGGGUCCUCCCUGAGGAGGCGGAGACGCUGCAGGCGCUGCUGCGGACCCAUCGAGACUUCAUGGGAACCGUGGAGGAGAAGAGGACCGACGUGAACAAGGCCGCUGGCAUGGGAGAGGCCAUCCUGACAGUUUGUCAUCCGGAUUCCAUUACCACCAUCAAACACUGGAUCACCAUCAUCAGGGCGCGCUUUGAGGAGGUGUUGACCUGGGCCAAGCAGCACGAACAGCGACUGGAGACGGCUCUGACCGAAGUGCUCAAUAAUGCCAACCUGCUGGAGGAGCUGCUGUCGUGGCUGCAGUGGUCCGAGACCACACUGAUCCAGAGAGACACGGAGCCGCUUCCUCAGGACAUCCCACAUCUCAAAACGCUCAUCGCCGAGCACCAGACGUUCAUAGAGGAGAUGACGCGGAAGCAGCCGGAUUUUGACAAAGUGACAAAGACUUACAAAAGGAAACCAGCAGAGCCCCCCAGCAGCCUGGCUGAGAGGAGAGGAGCUCGCAAACAUCAGCAACAGCAGCAACAGCAAGCCCCCAUGCAGCUCUCCGGAGCCAACCCCAGACUCAACCAGCUCUGCGCCAGGUGGCAGCAGGUGUGGCUGCUGACUCUGGACCGCCAGCGGAAACUCAACGACGCUCUGGACCGACUGGAAGAGCUCAAGGAGUUUGCCAACUUUGACUUUGACGUGUGGAGGAAAAAGUACAUGCGCUGGAUGAACCACAAGAAGUCUCGAGUCAUGGAUUUCUUCCGCCGCAUCGAUAAGGACCAGGACGGAAAGAUCACACGGCAGGAGUUCAUCGACGGCAUCUUAGCUUCAAAAUUUCCAACAAGCAAGUUGGAGAUGACGGCAGUAGCGGACAUUUUUGACAGAGACGGAGACGGUUACAUCGACUAUUAUGAGUUUGUGGCUGCUCUGCACCCCAACAAGGAUGCCUACAGGCCCACCACUGAUGCUGAUAAGAUAGAGGACGAGGUGACCCGGCAGGUGGCUCAGUGCAAGUGUGCCAAGAGGUUCCAGGUGGAGCAGAUAGGAGAGAAUAAAUACCGGUUCUUCCUCGGAAAUCAGUUCGGAGACUCUCAGCAGCUGCGUUUGGUGAGGAUUUUGCGCAGCACUGUGAUGGUGAGAGUUGGAGGGGGCUGGAUGGCUCUCGACGAGUUUCUGGUCAAGAAUGAUCCCUGCAGAGUGCAUCAUCCAGGACUUAAGAUUCUCCGCUCCGAUUCCAGUAGCUCCAUCUCAUCUCGUAUAGUGACGGUCACUCCUGGCUAUUUCUGCUGCCGAGCUCGAGGCCGCACCAACCUGGAGCUGAGAGAGAAGUUCAUCCUUCCUGAAGGAGCAUCUCAGGGCCUGGCUGCCUUCCGAUCACGAGGUCGGCGCUCCAAACCGGGAUCCCGCAACGCCUCGCCCACCCGCUCCUCCUCCUCGGCCUCCCACAGUGGAGCCUCCUUACCUUCAGCUCCAUCUACACCUGCCACCCCGACAGCCUCCACCUCAUCCAGGUCCUCCCUCCCUCAUUCGCGUGACUAUGCUAAGCCGUGGCUGGCAAACAGUAAAAGCCCAACGCCGGCCAAGUGCCCCUGCUGCCCAGAGCUCGGUGUCAGCCCCAGCACUCCUGGGCACGAGGGGGCAGCAUCUGGGUCCAAAAUAAGGAGGACAACCUUCCAUUCGAGCAGAGGCUCGCUGACGGGAGAGAACGGAGGAACGGCGCAUACCAGCAAACGUACCGAUCCUAAAAGAGGAGCGUCCACGGCCAGUGGCCCAACCAGCAGAGCGGGCAGCCGAGCGGGCAGCAGGGCCAGCAGUCGGCGCGGCAGCGACGCUUCAGAUGCUUCGGAGCUUCAGGAUGCUCACUCGGUCUGCUCCGACACCUCAGACACCCCAAGACGGCCUGGGGGCGGAGCCAAACCUUCCAAGAUCCCCACCAUUUCCAAGAAGACCGCCAGUCCAAAGACCACAGGGUCUGCAAAGAAGUGAAUUAGACAAUGAAACAAACUUCUUGGAUGUACCAGCAGGAAUCUGGACCUCGAUCCAGGCGACCGAUGCACUACGACUGAUCAUUUCCAGGGAAAGGAGGAGAUGGAGAGUCUCCAUCUCACUCUUCCCCACGCCUACGACCGACUGAACAUGCACAAGAGGAGAGUCCUGGUCCAGUUGUUUCUGACCCAGUCUGUGGGGGGUCGACACAUAUUUCUCCCCUUUCAGACAUCUGCUUUGCCUUUGCCCCAACCCAAACCCCAAAAUGGAACCAAACACCAACCACAAGAUGCUGCCUUAUUUCACAGAAACACUCUGUCCUGAUCAGGCAGAGAAUUCAGACUUAACAGGGGGCAGACACGCCACCGCCACCACCGCCGCUCCGCACAGCAGAGAGGCUCUCGUGACAUUCAGCAAAAACUCUGAACGGAUUGCGGGUGAAGUAUUUUUGCCUGCGGAUCAACCGUCUCAAGGAUGCGUCAAAAAAAGCAAAAUAUGCAACGACUGCCAUGUCUCUUCCCUGGACUGGCUGCACGCAGAGCGGCUAACCUCAGAGCGGACGCCACCACACCAAGACUGACUCCUCCCUGGAUCUGGUUCUGGGGGGGUGUUGCUUCCACGAGGGCCCCUGCGGUUUCACACCACCCGACUCCCAAAAAUCACCAUCUAGCAAUAGAAAGGACUGUUUUUAUGGUGACGACUAACAGCACAUUACUGACAACAAGACUUGUAAGCUAACAUGUUAACGACCAUGUUCACGGAGCCCAACAACCAGCAUGCACUAACCGCCUCUCCCUCUGCUGUUCCAUCUUUGAGUCGACGUCAUACGACGCGCACACGGCCCGUCUGUUACAGGAAGCAACAGAGGUCAAGAGUCACUGUAUGCAAAACUUGCAAAUGUCGUUUAGUUUUUCAGAUUAAUUUAUAAUCCAGCUGUACUUUUUGUUAUUUAGCUUAAAUAAAUACCUAUUUAUUUUUCAUGUCCUUGUCAUAUCACAUCAGCAGAGAGUGAUUUAGUAUUAUGGCCGAGGAGGACGUUUUGUACCGAGCAGAGGUCCGCUCUGCCCUUUGAUAAGUUUUGUGUGUCGAGUGUGUUUUUACUGCAUUGUAACGUUUCUCACAUGAGCGCUGAUUCCAGUGACAGCCUUGUUUGUUGAACUUUCUUUGUUGCUAACGACGACCGUUUCCUGACCAAAGGGGUUUACCCUUCACAUGUAGAGCGAACUACAGGUAUGAAUGAGGGGGAUCUGAGCAGAAGGAAAGCCCCCCCCGUGUCCCUCCCCAGUGUCUCUUCUUCCUGCCUUUUUUUUUCUUUCCUCUGAUGUUCUGUGCUUUGCGGGGAUGAGUCAUCCCUGCAUCGUCUCAGUAAAUGAUAUGAAGUUUUUGGGAAAAAUAAUGAAAGAACAGUCAAAAGAAGAAGAAGACAUCUUAAACUGAUUUUUUUUUCUAUUUAUUUAUUGUGUGGGGGGGGGUCAGGGUUCAGAAAGUGUGGGAGACGUUUGCUGCUUUCUGAUGCUACUCUCACUGGGAUGAUAACAUGCAGGGGGGGGGGGGGGGUACCACGAGUCUCUUGUGUAAAAUUAAAACUAAAAUUAUAAACAAUUUUUUGUUCUGUUUUUGUAUUAAAAUGAUGCUUGCAGUAAAGGCUG